AUGGAAUUAGAUAUUGAUAACACGGUAGAUAAGUUAGUACAAAGAGCAAAUGCAUCUAUUCUUAUCGGUACAUCAUCAUGGAAAGAGCAAUUUGUUGAAGCAUUAACAGUAAAUCCAGGUGAUGAUGAUGGUGGCGAUGAAGAUGGAAAUGAUGACGAACCUCCAUCUCCAAGUUGUAUGGAUUAUAUUAUGCACUUCCUCACACUCUUCUGGAAAAUUAUUUUUGCAUUCAUACCGCCAACAGACUUUUAUGGUGGCUACUUGUGCUUUGUAGUAUCUAUUUUAUGCAUUGGUAUUGUGACGGCAAUUAUUGGUGACGUCGCAUCACAUUUCGGCUGCACACUAGGUAUUAAGGAUUCGGUUACUGCCAUUGUGUUUGUUGCUUUGGGAACGAGUAUUCCAGAUACGUUUGCUAGUAAAGUGGCAGCAAUUCAAGAUAAAUAUGCAGAUGCUAGUGUGGGAAAUGUGACGGGAAGUAACGCUGUCAAUGUCUUUUUGGGUAUCGGUUUGGCAUGGACCAUGGCUGCUAUCUAUCAUAGAAUGAACGGUGAUGUUUUCCGUGUUGAGACUGGAAAUUUGGCAUUCUCAGUCACACUCUUCUGUUCGGAGGCAUGUAUUGCCAUUCUUAUUCUAUUGGUACGUAGAAGUAAAGCAGUUGGUGGUGAACUCGGUGGACCACGCUUUUAUAAAUACAUUACUGCAACAGCACUUAUAGGAUUAUGGCUUAUUUACCUCAUUGCAAGCAGUUUAGAGGCCUACGGUGUCAUUAAAGUUGGCAAAAAUGCGUAA